AUGCGGUUUCCACAGAACUCCGGGUCUUUUGGGGCCCUCCCUAUCCUAGCUCUGAAUCUUUUAUCUCGCUCGGCUUUGGCUCAGGUAGUGCCGCCAGCAGGCAACGAGACUGGAGUCCUCGCUCAUGCGUUCGAGCUCGGUUCCUUGACUCUGGCCGACAGUCGCUGGGGUGACAACCAGAACCGAACUCUUACUUACCUCCUCUGGCUUGACCCGGACAGGUUGCUGUACAACUUCCGCGCCAAUCAUGGCCUUUCUACCCAGGGCGCCGCGCCGCACGGAGGGUGGGAUGCGCCCGACUUUCCUUUCCGGACGCACUUCCAAGGGCACAUUCUCACAGCCUGGGCCUACUGCUUCUCGACGCUGAGUGAGCCUGCCUGUCGCGAGAAAGCCGAGUACUUUGUUGCGGAGCUGGCCAAGUGCCAGGAGAACAAUGGCCAGAAGGGGUACACGGCAGGGUACCUCUCCGGGUUUCCAGAGUCUGAGAUUGAGGCGGUGGAAAGACGAACACUAAGUAACGGCAAUGUGCCUUACUACGCCGUCCACAAAACUAUGGCGGGUCUCCUAGACGCAUGGAGGUUCCUCGGCGACGAGAAGGCGCGCGACGUGCUCUUUGGCAUGGCCGAGUGGGUGGAUGCACGCACGAGCAAGCUCAGCCGAACCCAGAUCCAAAACAUGCUGCAAACCGAGUUCGGCGGGAUGAACGAUGUCCUCGCUGACGUCGCGCACCAGACGGGUGACGCGCGGUGGCUGUCCGUCGCGCAGCGAUUCGACCACGAAGCCGUCAUGGCACCCCUCGAGCGGGGGAAGACAAACUGA